CUCACUGUCUCUCCUCUCUUUCUCGUUCCUCUCCCGCUCGUACCCUCCUCUCUCUCGCUCGUUCGCUAAUGGCAUCCGUGAAUCUUCAACUAAUAGCGGUUGUUAACCAGGAUCUUCAGCAAGUACUAAACGCCUCCCACGAGCGGUGGCUCAACGCCGAGGAACUGCAUAUUUUGUUUCAGAAUCGUGCACUUCUGCCUCAAUCAACUUAUACAGUAGAUGCGCUGGGCCUAUACCGAGUACGGAUGCUUACAUUCGCCGACGAUCACGCAUGGACUCUGUUUCCAAAUGGCAACCGGGUCAUAGGCGGUAGGGUAGUUCACGGAGGCCUGACGUUUAAUUACACUUUCGCGCAAAGCCCCGAUCUUCAACGCCGAACCAUACGCCGCCGACAAUUGUACGAGAAUCAUACGUUUGUUCACUACGUGGCGGUUUAGCACUUUCGAGGGUUUUAUAUUAUUUUCAUAGAUUUGUACAUUUAAGGUGUACUAUUACUAAUGACAUGA